CUCAUUAUUUAAUCAACAACAAUUUAAUAGUCGGCUUUUUGGCGUUUUCACGAUUAACUCUCCUUCCCAAUCAUCAAAGGUGCCUCCUCCUUCUUUAAUCUCGAUUCCUUUUCAUGAAAUUGCUCUAACAAUCUUUCAGAUACAAUUUAAUUACAACAAAUUAUCGAUUCCUUUCGUAAUUAAUGGAAUAACCAUCAAGUCCAUGAUUUUUCACAAUUUCUGCCGACAUGCCAUCUAACGAGAUACUAAAGGCUGUUUUCCCGUUACUUGAAGGCACCGAUUUAGCUGCUUGUACGGCAGUAUGUAAACAAUGGCAAAACAUAGCUCAAGAUGAUUACUUCUGGAAAUGUCUUUGCGCAAAAAAAUGGCCUUCAACAUGUAAGAACUCAGCACCUCCUAUAACUUACCACAAACUGUUCAAAACGUUUUACAAACGUGAAAUCAACCGAACGCUCCUUCCUCCAAGAAUCUCGUUGCACGACCUCGAGUUCUACAUCGACUUUUGGGCAGACGGGAAUUCACUCUUCUCACAAGUUGUUCCCGGGCCCGCCCUCCAGAAGGGCAACUGGACCCCACCACCUGGAAUCAGUCCGGUGAUGAGGUAUCAUUUAGACAGUCCAGAAUACAAACUUACACUGCCUGUGAAACCUCGGUUUUCGGUUCCGUAUUCACAAACCGUUACUGCUUCUGUGCUCGUUGCACGAAAAGACACCAACAAAGUUGCUUGUGUAAUCCAUGACGCCACGUUUGAUUAUGUUGAGCGGUCAUCGUGUAGAAAGCUAGCGUUUGAUUACCUGGUGCUUUCUCCGGCUUACCCUUUUGUGUCCGGAAUCCGUGCUUGGAUUGCUUUGUUGUUUGUCGAGGAUGGUGAUGACGGUGACAUUGAUGUGUUUGGGAUUGAAGUGGAUUUCUGUGAUGCUGCAAAUUCGGAGGAAGAAGUGCUAUGGCUGUUGGAUAUGCUUGAUUGGAAGUAAACUAGGUUUUGGGUUUGAAUCGGUAUUUGUAUCAGGGAUGUGUAAAUGUUGUUUGUCUUUCCAACAUGUGUUAUUUUCUUAAAUGUUAAUGUUUGGUUCUGUUGUUAAUACGCGUUGGUGUGGAAUAAAAUGAACGGCCGACCAAAACCUUUUAUUAUGAAA